CUUCACUACUACGAACCACCGGAUCAAAGCGAAAAUUGUUUAAAAAUACGAAAGGUGUGCAACAAUUAUCAGAUUACUCACUAAAUAUUUCUGUGUAAUUUUGUGUAAAUUUGUAAAAUUAUUUACCUAAAACGGGGAGAAAUGCCUAACUAGAUACUAAACACUUAAACUAUCAGCUUUUGUUCGUAUUAAUAACAAAAUAUUAAUAUGGACAAAUCUAUUUUGAAUCAGUUCACUUCCUUUGUUGAGCAGCUACGCAAUACGGAAUGCAGUCAAAAAGAGAAGAUUACGUACUUCCAGCAUAUUGCCGAGUGCAUUAUGUCGCCAGGGCUAGCGGGCCAUAUAAACUAUGCCACCCACAUCAAUACGGCGACCACCGUGCUGUUGCUUUUUUGUGAGGAUCUGGAUCCUGUGGUGCGCAUGAAUGCGGAGGAGAAUCUGAAUCGUAUAUUUCGUGCGCUGGAAAAAACACGUGUCAGUCGCAUACUUAUGGACUUAUAUGGUGAAAUAAAGCGCAAUGGGAACCAGCGCUCGUUGCGCAUCUGUUUGAACCUAUUUGCCUACUAUGCGCCGCAAAUAAGAGAACGCAAUAUUAAGUGGUAUGCUGUACGUUUAUUGCCUUGUCUACAAACUAUAGCGCAACGUAAGGAGACACAGCUUUGCGAAACGCUAUGUGAAUUUGUGAAAAAUUUUGGAAAAUAUUUGCAAAUGGGAUUGACGGACAGUGAAUCCUGUAAGCUGUUUGAGGCUUUCAUGGCAAAUAUUGGCGUCGAGUGCGCGGUGAAACGUCGCUGCUCUGCGCAAAAUUGCAUCAGUCUAAUUGAAAAUUCGCGCAAUAAGAGUUUGAUGGCCAAACAUGGACUAAGCAAGGCAUUUGAAUUUCUACUUGCCGACCAGCAACAACAUAACGUGGUCGGUGUGCUCGGCUUCCUGCGCUUGCUGUUGCCAUUAAUCAUAGAUGGAUUCAGCACUGAUUGUCCGGACGAUUGCGAUGAUGGCCACAGCACACAAGCACACGCCGGAGUCAAUAAAGGCAAGGCAAACACACGAACGACACCGAUGAAGACAGGCGCAGGCGGUGCGCAUAUAACAACAACAACAGCAGCAGCAAAAACAACUGCAAUGCCAAUCAACACAGAGUGCAGGCAAAUUAUUGAAAUUUUCGAUUAUUGUUUGCAUUUGUUGAACAUCAGCAGUGCUUCUCAGCAUUCCAUCAUAAAUGCCGCACUUGAGGUCAUCAAUGCAGUGCUGCAGGCACUCGAUGCUGCUGCCAACAACAGCAACCAAGGCAACGGCAAAGCCAACAGCAACAACAAUGAUAUUUUAAAAUGUUUGCAAACAGCAUUGUGUAAUCAAAAAUUGCAACAUGCCGAGUAUCUGCGGCGAAGGAAAUCAUUAAAGAAUCAAAUAUUCCAAUUGAGAAAUUACGAAGCGGCAGCCGCAGCAACGGUUGUGCCGACACCUGCAUGGCAGCAGCGGGGUGGCGUUCCAAGUGAUUUCCAUGAAUUUACUGUAAAAGACGUUGACAGCGAAGGUGAAGUUGUACUGCGUCGAGCACCGAAUAUGCGAUUUACUGGUCGCAGCGUCAGUGAAUGUGUUAUUGACGAAGAUGAUGAUGAGACGCAUAGAACCGCAUUGUCAACAGAUUUAGUUGCCGUUGCGCAUACUGAUGUCGAUGCUGAUGCUGAUGCUGAUGCCAUUGGAGCAGCUAUCUAUGCUGAUAGCGUUGCCGGUGUGCUUGUCGAUGUAGAUGACGAUGACUUUACAACACUUUCGGAAAUAAAUGAACCACAACAGCUUAGGGCGUCGACAGCAGUUGCGAUGGCGCCGCCAUCGUAUGCACUCACAACAACAAUUGACGUUGAUAAUCUGAUUGAUGCAAUUGACGCGACAACAACAACGGAGGCCGCCAGAAGCACCAGCACCAGCAUCAGCUGCGGUACUAGCAAUCGCAAUUGCACUAAUAUUGGCGCUGUGCAAACAAAAAUUCAAGGCAUGCAACCGCUAAACGAACAGCAACAGCAGCAACGGCAACAACAACAACAACAACACAUCGAGAAGCAGUCUCACGAAAGACAGGUAGAGCCGCAAAAUUUGCUUACUGCUUCCUCGCAAAUUGGUGCUGUCGGAUUCGGUGGUGGUGGCGUUGCUGGUGUUGGCGGCGAUGCGGGUGGCAGCGGCAGCGGCAGCGGCGAUGACAAAUCACAACAUUUGAGUGACAUCGACAAUGAAUCCUUCAAUAGCAUUGAUUUCGAGGCGGAAAUCACCAUAGCGGGCAUGACGACGGGCGCGGCGUGCACCAGUGCGGAUGGCUCGCCAACAAAAAGCAAUACGGAGCUUGCAACAACAACAACAAGCGGUAUAAGCGGAGAUACAGCGCCAGCUGCUGGGGCUGCAGCCAGCGAAUACGCUGCCGGUAACAAAUUGAGCAGCAGCGGUGACACAAUUGGCUCGUUCUUCAACAAUUUGAUUUCGAAUGCAGCUUCCGAAUCGAUGAGCAAACUGUUUCGACCAUCUUCAGUUGCACGUGCCACACCUACUAAAAGCGCGCCGCCCAUCGCAAACGAUAAAAUUGAUGUCGUCUCCACCGAGUUGGCGGCGACCAGCACGGCACCAGCAGUGGAUAGUAUUUCAUUGAUAUCAACGGCGAGUAGUGGCAAUAAAGCGCUGGAUUCAGGUAACUCUGCCGCAGCUGAUCCGCAAUCUGACUCCGUACACACAUACACACACUCGAUUGCCAGCUCCUCUUUGGGCAUGCAUGACGAUACAGUGUCCACGGCAUUGUUGGUGGACACAAGUUUGCAUAGCGUGAGCGAAUAUGACACGGAGAGGGCGACUGCACAGGCUGAGCCGAUGGGAAGAGAGCGACGCGUACCAAAUGCAAAUCCUUUCUUGAACGAAAAAACGUUAGUAGAGUCUGCUAUGGGUCAACCAUCGCAGCUGAGCUUAAAAAUAGGCACACCUUUCGAACAAUCCAUUGUACGCUACACGGCGCGCUUAAUAGCCGCGCGUUUCUUGCUUGCCGGUCAAGCAAGCGUUUUGUUGACCGACACGCAAAUACGCAUCUCCAUCAAGAGUCUUUCGCUGUCGGUGCUGGCGCAUUGUGUGCGCUUCGAUCCCGAGGUGUUGCAACUACCAUUGGAGAUCACCGCGCGUGAGUUGCUAGAUGUUAGCAAACAGUCACCCGUGCUCGGCGCCACAGCAACCAUACAAACCUCAUCGAAAAGUUCGAGCGCCAGCGCCAGUCCUCAAAGCGACGACGAUGUCAGCGGCAGCAGUUCAAAUCUGGGCAAAGAUUAUGAGCACUUGGAUGCUGUGGAUUUCAUUAAAAGCAGCAGCGCGCAACCGAUCACAGCGGCGCUUAAUGAUUUGCCCGCUGAAUUGCAGUUGCUCGAAAUCAAAGACGAUCAUUUCGGCAAAAGUACUUGUGAUUAUUUACUGCAUUCCACAACGGAGCUCAGCAAGAGCGCCGAUCCGGUGCUGAUGUCACAACAAAUACGCGAUACGCCCGGCAAACGGCUCACGGAUCACCCGCAACAGCCCUUAUCGAAAUCGGAAAUUAUUGCAUCGAAAACGUUGCAGAAGCAGCAACCGCAGCGCGCGCCGAAUCAGUCGCAGUUAUCGCCUUACCGCGUCACCGAAUCCGUAGAGGAUGUGCCACCACAAAUGCUGCCGCCGCGUCCGCCUAAGCGCACGAAAUCACAGCGAAAAUCGAUUGCAGCCGCUACAGCCACGGUCACUGCUCUGAUGCAAAUUGAAGAGCAUUUCAGCAGACGGCCAGCACCGGACGCACCUUUACAACAACCGCAACAAUUGACAGAUGUGCUACUCUACUAUAAUCACAGCGAUCCGAUGCUGCGUGGUGGUGUACAACAAAUUAUUGGUGGAUUUCUGCAAGCGAUGGGUGUUAAGGACUUGGGUGUCAGCUUAAAGUUGAAUGUGCAACAUCUCUUAGCGAUGCUUGUUAAGGGCUUGCAGGACGACAUACACACAGUGGUCAUACAGGCGUUGAAUGCAUUCGAGAAGAUAUUUCCGUAUGUGGUGUCCAAAUAUUUGAUAUUGCCGGCAGCGCAUCAUCAGCACAAGCAACAAAACCAACAACAACAUGAACAAACACAUGCCGACAGCGCUCAAAGUACGGCAGCUGAGGCAGCUGAAGCAGUUGAUAAGAGUGGCCGGAAAUGCCAUGCUAAUGCCGCUGGCCAAGUGCCACAACAGCAACAACAACAACAACAACAACAAACCCAACAACAGCAGCAGCAGCCGCAGCAGCGCACUAACGAUGCAACAAAAUCAAGCUUUUACAUACACGUUGGCAGCAAAUCGGCAGCAAAUGCCACUGCUGCUAAGACAUGUCCUCGAACGCUUUUCAACGAUAAUGAUGCGCUUAUAGCUGCACUUUUGAAUGAUUUUCAAUUGCAAUCGAAAUCGAAUCGUAACGGCAGCAACAACGACAACACCAACACAAACGACCAGCAUACAAAUGAUACUGCCACUCAGCCGCAGACGGCAGACGUGGCAGGCAACAGCAAUACAACUGAUCCACUCGCACAGCCACUUCCACUUCCGCUUCCGCUGGCCGCUUUGCGCAUUUCACCAAAAUUGCUGUUGAGCAAACUUCGUCUAUGUCAUUACAACAAAUAUUGGUUAGUUCAAAAUAAAUACGCCGAAGUUAUUUCGAAUUUAAAUUAUGCUGCCUUACAUGCGGCAUGCAACGAUUGCCAUGGCUACUGUUGUGGCACGGCGAUUGGCUGUGCAUGUGACAUUGGCGGUGCUGAAGUGCUGAAAGAUGCCGGCGUCGCCGCCAGUUACUGCUGUGACGUCUUCGUUGCUGAUAACAAUACCGUUAAUACCACAUUGCCUGACGACGUUGAUGCCACCAAGGGUGCUGCCACUGCGUAUGCGUGUGGGGUGGAUAUGUCAUACAAGGAUUUGCACGAUAGUGAAUGCAUUUACGAG